AUAAAUAAUAAUAGAAAAAUAUUGUGAUAGUUAAUCGGAGGAAAAAUCGAAGAGAAAUGUGGUGGAAAAUUGUAGGUGUUUUAAUUGUUUUAAAUUAUUUUUUCAUAGAAACCAAUGCUCAGGAUAAUGAAGUUAAGAAACCAGCUCAAUCAGUCAAAGAUUUAUACAACACAUCUUCUUGCCUGGAACCGCCAUUUAAAUGUCCUCAUCCAAGGAUACAGUUUUAUUUGUAUACUAGGUACACUCAAUAUAAUCCGGAAUUAUUGGAUGUAACCGAUAUAAAUUCCUUAUAUCGAAGUCAAUUCAAUGCACAUUAUCCUACAAAAAUUGUGAUACAUGGUUUCGGCGGAGGUCGUAAUCUAUCACCCAGUACCGAUAUGCGAGCAGCGUAUUUUAAACGUGGUCAUUACAACAUCAUUAUUGUCGAUUAUGGUACAGCUGUGAAAGAACCAUGUCUAAGUCAAAUGUCUUGGGCCCCAAGAUUCGGUAGUAAAUGUAUUGCUCAGUUAAUUAUGUACCUAAAACGACAUCCACGUGGGGUUCAACCAGAAGAAUUACAUUUAAUUGGAUACAGCGUUGGAGCACAUAUUGCCGGAUUGGUGGCAAAUUAUUUGGAUGAAGAAACUCACGGAAAAUUAGGACGAAUAACAGGCUUGGAUCCAACAAUUAUAUUUUACAUGGGAAAUAAUCGUUCCAGAGACUUAGAUCCAACUGAUGCUCAUUUUGUGGAUGUAAUACAUACUGGUGCAGGAAUUUUAGGACAAUGGGGUCCAAAUGGCCAUGCUGAUUUUUAUGUUAAUGGUGGAACUAGCCAACCAGGAUGCGGUCACAAUACUAUUUUUCAAACGUUGGCAUGCGAUCAUACAAAAGUAACUCCAUACUUUAUUGAAUCAAUUAAUACUCGAGCGGGAUUUUAUGCUGCUCCAUGUCCGAGUUUACUAUCCUAUUUAUUAGACUGGUGUGAUCCGAAGGACGAAGAGUAUAUUCUAAUGGGAGAGCAUGUACCGCAUACGGCUCGAGGAAUUUUUUAUGUAACAACGAAUGCGAAGAAGCCUUAUGCAAAAGGAUUUCCUGGUGGUACUGGAUCACGGCAGAGUCGUAAUAGUCGAUUUAAAGGGCCGUGAUGAA